AUGUCUACUACUCCAAACAAUACCAUCACUGCGACCCCCAUCGCCCCCAGCACUGCAAAUACUCCAAGCAGCAGCAGCAACAAUAACAAUAGCACAACAAACAAUACAUCUAGUAACACGCCUAUAAACAACAAUAACAAUUUUGAAGACCAUUUCCCGGAGGAAAGCUUUGAGGAUCAUUCAGAGAACCAUGAUGAUUCAGGUUUGACUCUUCGUGCUCUUGUUUCUACAAAGGAAGCUGGUGUUAUCAUUGGCAAAGGUGGUAAAAAUGUAGCCGAGAUGAGAGACACAACUGGAGUAAAGGCAGGUGUUUCAAAGGUAGUUCAAGGCGUUCAUGAUCGCGUCUUGACUGUAUCUGGUACAUUGGAGGGUGUAUCCAAGGCUUAUUCCUUGAUUGCACAAACAUUAUUGGAUAAUCCCAUCUCACCAUUACCUACCACCACCUCCUCCGCCACAAACAACAACAACAACAACAACAACAGCAAUGCAGUCGCCACUAUUCGUUUAUUAAUCUCUCAUAAUCUAAUGGGCACAGUCAUUGGCCGCCAAGGAGCCAAGAUUAAGCACAUCCAAGACACAUCUGGUGUUCGCAUGAUUGCAUCAAAGACUUUAUUACCUCAGAGUACUGAACGUGUUGUCGAAGUGAGAGGCACAGUUGAUGCAAUCCAUAAGGCUAUCCUGGAGAUUGGCCGUUGUUUGAUUGAAGAUAAAGAGAGAGCCUAUGGUACCAUUUUAUAUAAUCCCACCAAAGUCAAUACCAACAUAAAUGGUCUCAAUGAUCACCGCACUCAACAACAGCAGCAGCAACAGCACAAUGUCAUCCGCACAGGUAACGGCUCUGACUUUAGUAGCCAUGAUUUUGAAAGACAACAACAGCAACAACAACAACAAGCAUUUUUGAAUGAUCCCAAUGUACGCACUCAAAAUAUCUCCAUUCCUUCUGACAUGGUUGGCUGCAUUAUUGGUAAAGGUGGAUCCAAGAUUAGCGAAAUCCGUCGACUCUCUGGCUCUCGAAUUUCAAUUGCCAAGGUUCCUCAUGAUGAGUCUGGAGAAAGAAUGUUCACCAUUCAAGGUACUCCUGAAGCAAAUGAACGUGCACUUUAUUUACUUUAUGGACAACUUGAAAACGAAAAAGAACGUCGACUUAGAGGUGUCAUGACAGAUGAUACAAUUCCAGAGGAGCAUUAG